ACGCGGGUGUGAUGACCGUAAAAGAAGAGGCUGCCAUAUUGCAGUGAUACAGCGAGUUUACCGGACUAACCUAUCUUCAACACCGUUGUUUUCCUGCAAUAAAAAUGCUUUCUUCUCAUACGUUUGAAGACCCGGGGAAGAUGAGAGAUUAUCAUUAUACUGGUCCAGUAGAGCACCGGUUCUCACCAUACUCUUUCAACGGAGGAACCGUACUAGCUGUUGCUGGGGAAGACUUCGCCAUCGUAGCCUCAGACACCAGGCUGAGUGAAGGCUACUCAAUCCACAGCCGCGACUCACCAAAAUGCUACAAGCUGACAGACACAACUGUCAUUGGCUGCAGCGGUUUUCAUGGCGACUGCUUGACUCUGACUAAAAUCAUUGAUGCCAGACUAAAGAUGUACAAACACUCGAACAAUAAGACAAUGACCAGCGGGGCGAUCGCAGCCAUGUUGUCCACCAUCCUGUACGGCAGGAGGUUCUUCCCCUACUACGUCUACAACAUCAUCGGAGGACUGGAUGAACAGGGCAAGGGAGCAGUGUACAGUUUUGACCCAGUGGGCUCCUACCAGAGAGACACCUACAAAGCCGGAGGAUCGGCAAGUGCCAUGCUACAGCCACUUCUGGACAACCAGAUUGGUUUCAAGAACAUGGAGGGUGUACAGCAUGUUCCUCUGACUCAGGAAAAGGCGGUUCAGCUGGUCAAAGAUGUUUUCAUCUCAGCCGCAGAGAGAGAUGUCUACACCGGAGAUGCCCUACGGGUCUGCAUCAUCACUAAGGAGGGCAUCAGUGAGCAGACUGUACCACUGAGGAAGGACUGAGGAGGGAUAUGUUCCCCUUUCUCUGCUUUUCUCUUUGGUCUGUUCUUUCCACAUUCACCUGUUGGUUUUGGCCCCUUUACAACAAGUUUCUUAAAAUAGGAGUGUUGAUCCAGAAUAUGCUUCUAGUGGCCUCUUAAUCUGGGGAGUGGAUUUUCCAUUUUUUUUAUAUCCACUCACAAUUUUCAUCAUUUGAAAUCAACCCUUUUCUCCUGCUUACCACAGUUAUUCCCUUCAGUUUCUGCUAUUAUUCCAUCCUUGUAUUCUAGCAAACUUAUUCUAAAUCAGCACUCCUGUUCACUCAUUCUGCCUAGAGUCAUCCCCUGUUUAGAUUUUUCAUUAUGUCUAAGAAGGAUACAUACCCUGCUGUUCUUUUUACAUUCUUAAUAAAUGUAAAGAAUUGAAAAA